UAGCUUGCUUGGUGAAAAUUUUAGUCAAAUCCGACCCGUGUUUGCGCUCGCUUUCUGGCCCUUUUAAACCGAUUUAAUUGCCUUAAAAUUAACACGGCUCUCCCUUGCGCUUUCUGUCACAGCAAGGACCAUGGUUGUGGCGUGAAAACGGAGCAGUGUGACACGGAUUUGGACGGACGGACAGAGGCAGUUUCAGGUGUCAGCUGGUAAAGCGUGUGUGUGUGCGAGCGUGUGAGUGUGUUGGUGUGUGUGAGAGAGAGUGUGUGUGUGUGUGCGUGUGUGUGUGUCUGUGUGCGCGUGCCGGCACGUGUGUUUUCCCAGCCCAGUCAGUAUUUGCAGCGGAGUGUGGCCUGAACACAACUGAGGGACAAUGAGCGAGCUGGAACAGUUGCGGCAGGAAGCCGAGCAACUACGCAAUCAGAUCCGGGAUGCCAGGAAAGCCUGCAGUGACUCCACUCUGUCACAGAUCACAGCUGGUCUGGACUCAGUGGGCCGGAUACAGAUGCGGACGCGGCGCACUCUCAGGGGCCACCUGGCCAAGAUCUAUGCAAUGCACUGGGGGAGUGACUCCAGGCUACUUGUCAGUGCCUCGCAGGAUGGCAAGCUAAUCAUCUGGGACAGUUACACGACAAAUAAGAUGCAUGCCAUCCCUCUGCGCUCUUCCUGGGUGAUGACGUGUGCCUACGCUCCCUCUGGGAACUAUGUGGCCUGCGGAGGCCUGGACAAUAUCUGCUCCAUAUACAGCCUGAAGACCCGUGAGGGCAACGUGCGCGUCACCCGAGAGCUACCCGGACACACAGGUUAUUUGUCCUGCUGUCGUUUCUUGGAUGACAACCAGAUACUGACCAGCUCUGGAGACACCACCUGUGCAUUGUGGGACAUAGAGACAGGCCAGCAGGCCACCAGUUUCUCUGGCCACACAGGUGAUGUGAUGAGUUUGUCUUUAAGUCCGGACUUCAAGACCUUUGUGUCAGGAGCUUGUGAUGCCACCUCCAAGCUGUGGGACAUUCGUGACGGCAUGUGCAGGCAAUCUUUCACUGGGCAUGUGUCUGACAUCAACGCUGUCACUUUUUUCCCCAAUGGGAAUGCCUUUGGCACAGGCUCAGAUGACGCCACCUGCAGGUUGUUUGACCUGCGUGCUGAUCAGGAGCUGAUGAUGUACAGCCACGACAAUAUCAUCUGUGGCAUCACCUCCGUGUCUUUCUCCAAGAGCGGCCGUCUGUUGCUGGCCGGCUACGAUGACUUUAACUGCAACGUCUGGGACACUCUGAAAGGCGAGCGUGCAGGUGUGCUAGCGGGCCACGACAACAGAGUUAGCUGCUUAGGUGUGACAGAUGACGGCAUGGCCGUGGCUACCGGCUCCUGGGACAGUUUCCUCCGGAUCUGGAACUAAACAAACCUCUUCCCAAUUGUACUCAAUCACUGCCCGCCAACUUCCUCCCCGCAACCCCCCACCUCCCCCACCCAAUGUAUCACGACUCAUCUGCUGAGCUGAACCUGAAGGGGUGUACACUGUGUCAGCUGAAAUCGUCUCAACUCACCCUCACUUCUCUUCUCUCUGCUGGCAACCAGCCCACCUGUGAGAAACUCUUUCUACCUUACCAAGUGACAUUUUUUUUCAUCCAGCUAUUACACAGCAACAAAAAGAAGAACCUUUCACUAAUGUUGUCCGAUUUAAAAAAAUAAAAUAAAUAAAAAU